CCUUUCUCCGUUUUCACUUCCUCUGUUCCUCAGCUCUUCUCCAAGACCAUAGUGAGUCCUCUCAUCACUCUCAGUUUCUCUUCACUUCACGUCUUCACCCUCAAAAAGAACAGAGCUCUUCCUGUUUCCCCCAAAAAAACCCUAGCCUCCUCCACCGCCGCCGCCGUCCGUCGCGCCCAAAAGCUUCGUCUGUUCGUCGUGCUCCAGCCCCUCUCCUCGUUCCCCUGUUCCUCGUCCGUUCUUCUCGCUGCUCAGUCGCGCUUUGCCCGCCGUCUCUCGUCGUGCUCGUCGCCGUCGUCCGUCGUGCUCGUCCCUCGAAGUCAUAACUGCCAGAGUCUCCAUGGCAGAAAGGAGCAAGGAGCUUCUUCACUUGGAGCACAAGGCCACACCCCUCUCAUCCUUAGAAUCCACACUUCUUGUUUGUAACGGCAAAAGAGAACAAUGCACUCAAGCUAAGAUACUUCCCCCUAAUGGCACUCCUCUUACUUCUCCUAUUCCCAAAAGCCAACUUUUAGGGAAGGUUAAAGAUUUCUUAGGAGUGAUGUCAGAAGCAAAUAAGCGGCUGGAACUUGAUGCGAAGGAUCAUCCUGAGAGUUACAAUAUUGAAGAGCUCACUGGAAAUGAAUCCAAAGUUAUUGAAAUGGAUUUGAUGCUUGGUGUUGCGGAUCUUAAUACGCCUGAGGCUGUGGCUGCUGCUGAAUCAGCAAUUUCCAGUUGUCAGCCUGCGAUUUCAUUGGCCGCUGAUGGCAAAGACACGGACACAGAUUCAGAUGAAAGCAGUGCUGAAGAUGAUAACGAGGAUGAUGGAAUCAGAAGUGGUGAUGCUGGAAAUGAUGGUAGAAAGCCUUCAUCUCUUGAUGAUGAAAAACGAAAGGGAAAUCAUAAUUCCAAAAAAUGAGCAAGGAUAGUUGAGCUCUCCUGAACUCGAUGGUGUGUGGUAACUGGUAAGGGGUUAUGAGAACUAGAUGCAUGAGUUGGCGUAUAUUGUUGUAUGUACUUACUAAGAUGAUAUCAGCAAGAAUCAAAAUGCAUCUUUUACAUCUAGGGUAGGAAUAUAUUGUUUGAUUUUGGCUUACGUUUGAGAUCAAACAAUAGCAGCCUCCAUAUCUGAGUUAAUUUAGUGGUAACUCCUCAAUGAGCUAUGCAUGUAUUUAUGCCCUUAAUGGCAGAUAUGCUCUUGCUAAAUUUCAGUGUUUUUAACUUUUAGAGCCAUUUUCCAUGCAAUAUGUUAAUUUAUGCAACCUGUUAAUUUUCAAAA